AUGUCUAGACCUGAGGUGAAUGAGAUUUUGUUUGCUUUUAUUGCAGUGGCCUCCCACGCAGUGAGCUUGGUACUGGUACGGGUUGAUAAUGGUGUGCAAAUGCCAGUUUACUAUGUAAGCAAGUCACUACAUGAGGCCAAGGUUUGUUACCUACCACUAGAAAAGGUCAUAUUGGCAGUGGUGCAUGCUACGCAUAAGCUCCCCCACUACUUCCAAUCACACACAAUUGUUAUUCUAACCCAACUUCCGCCCAGAUCUCUACUCCAAAGUGCUGAUUAUACAGGGAGGAUUGCCAAGUGGGGUACGAUCAUAGGGGCUUUUGAUAACAAGUACAUGCCUCGCACCUCUGUCAAGGGUCAAGUCCUUGCUGAUUUGGUGGCCGAAUUUGUUGAAUCCCUAUUAGAAGAGAGAAUGGAGAAGCAGAACAUGGAUGGAAAAUCGGUUGGGUAUUCCACCCUAGCUUACCCACAGGGGAAUGGACAGGGCGAGACUGUCAAUAAGGUCAUAGUAAAUAGACUCAAAAAGAGAUUGGACAAUGCAAAAGGAAAAUGGGUGGAAGAGUUGUCACACGUCCUUUGGACCUAUCAAACCACGCCUCAUAGGUCAACAAGGGAAACACCAUUUUCAAUGACUUAUGAUGCUGAGGCUAUUAUUCCUCUGGAGAUUGGAUUCCCAACGUUGAAAACGAGUUCCGAGUAA